UUUAUGUUUCCUCGCCAUGGAACUGCACAGACACACAUGAAGAAGUAUGCUGAAAGCGGCGAAAAGCAUACGCAUAUUGCAAGUUUCUUUCGUAGCGCGCAACACGAACUGUAAAAUAAAAGAAUUUGAAAUAUCACUGCAAUCUCUCAACAACGCACUUUUUUGUUGUUGUUUUACUUUCAGCAGUAUAAUGGGUUGAAUGGAAUCUUUUGGUCGGGAAUAUCGAGCAUUUCGUGCUUAUCGCAACAGUGCCUUCAAUUUGCUGGCAGGCACUGUAAACUCGUCUGUCAACUGUGCAUUUUACCGUGCCGAAGUACUGCAUCCGACAGCAUAGACGCACCGGGGUAAAGUUUUUGCUGAAUGUUUAGAAAAGAUCAAUUUCCAAAGCCAAGGGAAGAGUAAAAAAUGCAAGUUUCGCAAAGGUGUUAUUGAUCGGAAGCAAGCGCGUGAAGUUGACAGUAGAAUUGUGCAGGCGUGCGAAUUAUUGGUGGUUUAUUUUGAAAACGCUUGCUCCUCUAGCGCUUCCACCAGUGUCGGUAUGUUAGAGGAGUACCGCCACGAAAUAUGAAUGGAUUUUUCCAAAUCAAUACGUACUACAAUGAGUUCAAGCAAGAGGUCGACGCUGCGUAUGCCGCUGCACCGAUUCAACAGCAAACCCAGCAGCAGCAGCAGCAGCAACAGCAGCCACCACCAGCACAACAACAACACGUCGUUAGCGACGGUAGCAUCGCGUCCUCUCAGCAGCAUUCGCUGAACCAGUGCAAGGGGGAUACAAAUUUGUCCAAAAAUCAGCGCCGAUUUUUGCACGAAAGUGACGACGCACGGGAGAAGAGGCUGGCCCGGAACGCGGAGCGUAUGCGCCAAAAGCGGGCUAUGGAAACGGAGGAGCAGAGCCGCAAACGUAUGGCCGAAAACGCAGAACGCAUGCGAAGGAAACGUGCGGCAGAAACGGAGGAAGAGUAUCGAGCGAGAAUGGAGCGGAACGCGGCCUUCAAAAUGACCGACGAGUAUCGGCGUCGUCUGAUCGAAAAUGCUGAACGCAACCGACGAAGGCGUCAGAACGAAACGGAGCUGGAGCGCAGCAUACGGAGGGCACGGAGCGCCGCACGUGAGCGGUUACGCCGUGCGAUGGAAACACCGGAACAGCGUGCGAUACGGUUGGCCAAGCUGGCCGAACGGAUGCGCAUUACGCGCGAACGACUGUGGACAACGAUGGAAACACCGGAACAGCGGGCAGAACGGUUGGCGAAGCUGGCCGAACGGAUGCGGUACGCACGGGCGAACGAAACACCGGAACAGCGCGCAAACCGGUUGGCAAAGAAUGCGGCCCGGGCACGCCAACGCUUCCUUAACGAAUCUCCCGAACAGUGGAUCGAGCGGAAGCGGAAAAAGGCAGAAUACGCGCGACAAAAACGAGCGGCAGCCGCUGCUGUGGGCGGCGUCGGCAAUGGUAGCGUACCGGCAGGCCGGAUACCACCCGGUGUACCAGUCAGUCACGCAAGCGGCUUGCAGCAACACACAGCGAUUGGGUUUCCGGGCCAUGCACCCACCACGCUGCCGGAAACCAUUCUACACACGAGCGGGCCACAGCAGCCCUCCAGCAGUAGUAGCGCGAGCAGUGGAGCAGCUCCAUCAUUCGUGCUGAGUGCGAAGGACAUCAGCAAGGGAUCGAAGCACGGGACAUCGAGUGGAUCGUUGCAGUCCUUGCAGCCGGAACAAAUAUACAGCACACCACAGGUUAUACUCAGCGGAGGUGAUUUUAAGCCACAUGAGCUGCUGAACGGACAACAUUUGGUGAUGCAGACGGAUGCAAACUAUCCCAGCAAUCUAUACAAACUGCACAUACUUCCGUACCCGUUUCCUACGUCCACGGCAUCGGGUACGUCGUCGCACAUGGAUCAAACGAGCUCGUACAAAACUAAGUAAUCAGCAUGUGUGAAAAAUUAAAAAAACGAUAAGCCAUACCGGUAUGCCGAACGCUUGAUAUGUCGUGUGAGCAGUUUGUAAUAAUUUAGCCAAGUAGGAGGCACUAUAGCCGAAACAACAACCGAGCGCAACAGCAGCCAGGAGCAGCAAAUUUGAACAUUUUAUUAUCUUCGCAACCGAUAAUAAUCGGUUUUGAAAGUUGUGCAUUAGUGUGGUUAUUUGGUAUUCUAAUUUUAAUCAUUCACAUAUUUGUGUCACUUCCGUUGCAGCGGAAUAUCUUCCAGGGUUUUUUAAAGAUACCGAUGCGUGCAAUCAGUUUGGCCGAGGUGGACUAUUUUAUGUGUUUACUCUUACCCUGCUAGUCGUUCUUGGGAAACAAUAAAUGUGUGCUUCAGUGCACAAGCAGGACAUAGUGUUCCUUCCUUCCUCAAAUCCCUUCCCCAUUUAUUCCGAUAAGUGUGUACAUGCAAUUAGCGCGAGAUGCAUCUGGAGAUCGCAAUGCGAUACUUGUAGCGAACUGUCGAAGAAUAAAAAUUAUGAAUUACACUGAUUACAAUAGCCCUGCCCUUUCAUAAAGGCUUCGUUGAGGUCUCUUGUGUUAGGAAUCUUCGUAUAUAAUGUUUGUACUUUAAUCAAAUCUCUAUUUUCGUGUGAGGUUUUUUUGCAUUAAUAUAAAAGACAUGAGCAUGUAAAAGAUGUAAACGUGUAAGGAUAUGAUAGAUCAUAAUAAAUAGCAAUACAAUCACUGCAAAUUUUAAAGUA